AUGUCGGUUUUAUAUAGUGGCACAGAUCACGGGUUCGCUGUUCAUGCAAAUCUAUCGGAUCCCCAGCAGAAAGUAGCAAAGGAAGAGACAUUUAUUUAA